CCAAGGCAUGCCAAGGAAAACUGCUCCACUAAUAACAACCAUGGGAAUAGCAGGGGGUGUACCAUUAGUAGACAGUGCCUUUGGAAAAGUCCAAGAAGGUAGUGUUCUCUCCUACCAUCUUCCAGCAUGGACUCCACCAAUGACAUAUCUACAUGCGACUGCACCACCAAGACCAUCCUUACCUCUUGAUGGUUACUCUUUGGGGCCCUCGGAGUGUUGUUUUGUGCUUAACUACCAUCAGCAGCUGCACAUGAAAUCUCUUCAAACAUCAGAGAUCAUGGCGCACCAACUUGAGGAAAGCACAAGACAACAGAGCACACUGAAGGAAUGGCACCUUCUAAGAAAGCCACGAGUGACUUCCUCUAGAUUCAGAGAGGUUUGCCAUGUGAGAGGACAGUCCUCAGCGGAGAACCUGGCACUCAGGAUUUUACGGCCAGGUUAUCAGACCGCAGAAAUGAAGAGGGGUCUUCAGAUGGAGUCCAAGGCUGUAGAAGAGUACUGCCUUGUUAAGGAUGUAAACCACUAUCCUUGCGGUUUCAUCAUCCACCCAGAUGCACCAUGGCUCGGGUCAUCACCAGAUGGGUUGGUAUACGACCCGAAUGCCGAGCCUGCGUUUGGACUGCUGGAGGUGAAGUGUCCUAAUGUGAGAAGCUAUGUAGACUGUACGUACCUUAGGGUCUCCGAUGGAGUGCUACAGCUAAAACCAUCUCACACGUACUACUGGCAGGUACAGGGACAACUGCUCAUUACUGGUCUGGAAUGGUGUGAUUUUGUUGUCUAUGCAGAAGAUGACAUGUUCAUUCAAAGAAUAUACAGGGAUGGCAGAAUCAUGAAAACAAUGAAAGAAAAGGUUGAUUUCUUCUAUUUUUACUUUUAUCUACCUAUGCUUUUGGCUUGAAAAAAAAUCAUGCCAUUGACAGUACUUAUUUCAAUCAGUUUUAAUCAGUUAGUAUUUAUUUUAGGUUUUAGUGUUAAUUUGAUCAUCCAUACACAACUCCUAAAUAGCCAUAAGUAAAAUGAAGAUCAGGCCUGCAUAGAUAGAGAUACUUUAUUAAUCUGACUGAAAUGUAUUUAAAUUGUUGACUGUAGAACAUG